AUGAGCACCUUCAACAACGUCACCGAAAAACAUACACAUACCAUUGCCAUCUCGGCCACUGACACUUGGUUUGGCUUCAGUAUCGCCAGGAAUCUCCUUACAGACUGUGGAGGGUAUAGGCAUCACAUCACCAUUCGUUGUUUGACCAAGAACCCCAACUCGAAACCUGUUGAAAGGUUGCGAUGUCUUGGCGGUGAAAUCCACGAAGUCGAUUAUAACGAUGAAAAAUCCCUUGAUGCUGCUCUCCAUAAUGCUCACUACUUGGUAUUCGUCAUCGAAGAAAAUGAAAAACGCGUUAAGGAAGCCAAUUGUUUGGCAAAGGCCGCCGAAAAAAAUGAUGUGAAUAACGUUAUCGUCAGUUCCAUGGAAGGUGCCGGUGAUGGACAUGGCCAGAUCCUGAGAGAUUUCAGAGAGGUGGAAAAGACCUUUAAGGAAACCGCGAGAAGUGUAGUAAUUCUUAGGAGCGCCUUCAUUCAACAGGCUAUGUUCCUCUGGUCCCAUAGUAUUGAGGAAAAAGGCGAAAUUAUCAUGACACCAGGCGAAAAAGACGAAUUCGCCCCUUUCAAUUUGGAAGAUCUCUUCAACGCCAUCAAGGAUAUCAUGAUCCAAGAAGGAAAGGUGAGAGAGGAAAUAA